UAUUACUCAUGCAGAUCAAGUCUUUCUCCCUGCAUAGAAGCAUGACCACAAAACUACCAUCUCAAGAGGAGUUUGAGAACUGGACAGCUUUUCAAGUUGCAGAUCUCUUAAGACAGUUUGGAAUGCCUGAAUCUGCUGUGGUUGUCGAAAAACUGUGCAUGAAUGGAUCUCAUUUCUUGAAUGCAUCAGAACAUUGGCUGAGCAGAUUCAAAACAAUGCACCAGCCGAAGCUCCAAAAGAUGGUGCAUGACAUCAAGAAAAAUGAAAGUGGCAUAAUAAACAAGUUUAAAAAGUUCCAAAAUGAACAAGUGGCCUUAAUUUGCAAAACUGGGAAAGAUACUUGGGAUCGCCUUAAAAAAAAGCCACCGCCAAGUCUGCCACAAAGGGAUUAUGCUUCAGAACACGCAGACAAUGAAGAGGAACAAUGGUCAGAUGAUUUUGACAGUGAUUAUGAAAAUCCAGAUGACCACUCUGACUCUGAGAUGUAUGUGGUCCCCAGUGAAGAGAAUCCUGAUGACAGCUAUGAGCCACCUCCAAGUGAGAAGGAGAAAAAGAAGAUUCCCUCUUCAUUCCCUGUUUCUAGGGGUGAAUAUGCAGACAAUCGCACCAGUCACCAGACGCUUCCUCCCAUCAACAAACCUCUCCCAAGUACACCCAGUCCAGCCAUGUCCAGACCAAAGAAACCAUGUGUGCCAUCCAUGCCAUUGCCAUCUCCUGCUGCAAAACCAAAAGUGCCACCUAAGCCUAAGGAGUGCAGUGAUGAUGAGGAUAACUACAUUGUGCCAGUGGACAAUGAUGAUGAUAACUAUAUUGAACCCACAGAAGGCAGCAUGUCACUACCUACAAGAUCACCUGUGAACAGAUUUAUGAAGACAACAAAGCCAGCCCCCCCUAUUUCUCCAAAGCCUUCUCUUCCUUCUAUUAUGCAAGAAGUCUACGAGGUUCCUGAAGAAGAGGAGAAACCAUCACCACCACCAGUAACCAGGUUCACCAAGCCACUCAUGUUUAUGCCUGCACAGAAUACAGAGCACUCCCACAUGCACAGCAUGACCAGAGAGUCACCUAAGCAGGAUAAUUCCAGAAAUAUUUUGCCUCUCCCCAGAAGUCGUCUUCAUCCAAAACCAGACCAUGAAGCAAACAAGACUGAUGAAAGUCAAAGGUUCAAUAACACACAAGAGUCCAGAUUUCCCACUGGAGCAACUCCAUCUCCAUUACCAAGGGGCCUCAAGAAAGCUUCUAAUGCAGUAAUUUCACCAAAACCGUGUUUACCUUCCAGAGAGACCUUAACUGCAAAUGAAGAAAAACCCAUGGCACCAGAACGACGGCGCAAUUCCAGCCAGGAACUUCCACUUCCCCCCCUUCCAAGUGGUGCCCAAAAGCCUCUGCUACAAAAGCCCUCAAUUCUGCCGAAAGUGCCGGAAGCUGCAAACCGUUCUUUGGGUGCUUCCCCUCCCAGCAGCACCUCAUCUAUUUCAAGUUCUGCGGACCAGGACGCUGGUGUUCACAGUAAAGCAUGGUAUGCUGCUACCUGUGAUAGGAAAAUGGCAGAGGAUGCAUUGUACCGAUCAAACAAGGAUGGAUCUUUUCUAAUAAGGAAGAGUUCUGGGCAGGACUCACGGCAACCAUAUACACUGGUUGUGUUUUACAACAGAAGAGUGUACAACAUUCCUAUAAGAUUUAUUGAAUCAACAAGGCAAUAUGCACUGGGCAGAGAAAAAAGUGGUGAAGAGCGCUUCGACAGUGUUGCUGAAAUAGUAGAGAAUCAUCAGCGCACCUCCCUGGUUCUAAUUGACAGCCAAAACAACACAAAAGACUCAACAAAACUGAAAUAUGUUGUAAGAAUUUCUUAAUCAAACUGAACUGCUGAAAUGAAGACCUCUUUAAUAAUUUCUUUCAACAUACCGAGACGUGGACAAGCUAUUAAAAGAAGAAAAUCCAAAAUGAUGGGAAACACUCUUCAAGAGCCCCUCCAGAGUAGUAAGAAAUGCAUUUCAUAGAGCUCAACCCCACGUCACUUUUUUCAGAGAAGUUUAACACAAGAAGGCAAAGCAGAUACACUGUCAUCUGUGACAACAUGGGUAUCCAAAGUUACAGGAAGGUCCUCUGACUGCUGUUUGAAGAUAGAUUUCUUGAAGGAUAUUUUCAUUUGAAAAAUGAGAACACCUACAGUGAUCUAUUCUUUCAGUUUAUGUUUACCACAUAUCACUGCUUUCAGCAAUUUAUUUGUAAAGUGCACAGCCCCAGAAAUUAGAGCAACUUGACCUAAUGUACCACUGUACUCAAGUUGAAAAUAGGACUGUACUUGGAUUAGUGGCAAUAAAUCCACCUGAAUGUUUUAGAUUUAUGGACAUGUGUUGUGUGUACUUUCCCUCAGCUUCACCCUGUUUCACUGAUAUUUUUGUUUCACUGAUAUAUUUGUUUGUAUUUUCAAAUGUAAAAAUAAAAUUUAAAAAUACUGUAAACUCAGUAGUGUAUGGAGACUUUGCUGGAUUGCAUUUCUGGCACCCUUCCAGCAAGAAAGCAUCAGUUCACUAUUGUUGAUGUUUUAAUGUGUAUAUUUUUAUGUGCUCCUUCACAAUGUUAUGAAAAAGUAUCACUUUUUACAAGUUUAUCUCAUAUAUAUAUAUAUAUUACACACACACAUAAUUUGGCUUAAUGACUCUCAAAUCUUUGUCUUCAAAUUGCCUACUGCUGAUGACCCAGGUGUACUGCAUCAUUGCUAAACUAAUUACUCACUUCUUGCUGAAUUACUGUUUUAUGGAGACACAGGAAAAAAAAAACACUUUUUUAUAUGAUAGCCUGUUCUAUACUUACUAUAAUAUUGUGAACAAAGUAAACUUCCACAAAUAUUCAAGUGGUAAAAAUUAAUUUGAUGAAUGUAUAAAUUGCAUCAAUGAAAAAUUUUUAGGAGCAAUUGUUAACUAGUUCUAGCAGUGUUUGAUUUCACUGGACCUGAAGACUCCAUCUUAAAGGUAUUUUCCAAAACUGACACUUUAUACAUACUUAGUUUGUUCUUUUUGUUCCAAAUUAGGUAGUGUUCUCUAAGAUUAUAUUAAAGGCAUUAAAGGCAAGACUGAGUCAAGACCUGUAAAGUCUCAGCAAGUCACUUAGGGCCAUAGGGUGGCUGAAGUCUGCAAAUACUUUCUUCUGCUUUUGAUCAGUUACUUCUAAAAGUCACGCACCUGCCUUCUAGUAAGAACUGUGUGCCAACAGGGUGCUCAGCACAUGGCUGCCUACAUACCUUGAGGCAGGUCAGCUUCUUCCCUCUGCAGCACAGGCAACACUUACCCAAAUGUAAUGUGAUAACACACUGGCAAGUAAGAAACAAGGCAUACAGACUACACAAUCCUAUCUAUGACAGACCAUCACAGUGCUACAUAAGGGCUGUGUUCAGUAUAUUGCUCAGUUGGUAUUAGUUUGAUAUUAAUACUACGCUUAAUACUACUGAAAUGUUUAGAACGCUAAGAUUGCCAAGUCAAGGUGUAAAAAUUAACAGUAGUGUCUGCAAGUUUUAUUUGCUCUUUCUAUAUGUGUACUAUUAUAUUAUUUAGCUACUUUAAGCAUCACUUUAGAAGCUAUUUCAAGCAAUAGUCACAGUGGAAGUACUCUGGAAAAGUAGUCACUGAGUAUUUAACUUCCUUUGCAUUCAUGUAGUCCUUG